UUCUCCAGAACGCAUCCCGUCUUCUUGAGCGGAAACCUCCACACUCACGCCCACCGCCACGAGGCCCCCAUCUUCCCCAUUCUCCAUCUCCUCCUAUUAAUCAUCAAACCCUACACCGUAUCUCAAUUAAAGAUCCUCCCGAUCGUCUCCCUCCUCUCAACAAAUCUCUGUCCUCCCCUAAUUUUCAGGAACUCCAAUCGCCCUCCCUUCGCCAAUUCGAAAACCCUGCCUGCCGAUCGAUCGGAGAUGCCCGGGGCCAAGGCUUGAUCGCCGCCCCGCCGCCGCCUAGGGCGAGGAGGGGUCUGUGUCUUUGUAUGGAAACGCGGAGCCGGAAGCGGGCGGAGGCCUCCUCAUCAGCGCCCUCUUCUCAGCCCCCCCCCACCCGCGCCUUCAAGCGCUCCCGCACCUCCACCUCCACGAUUCCACCCGCCCUUCCUCCGGCCUCCUCUACGCGCUCCCGCCGCGCCCAGAACCGUACGUCCGCCGCCACCGCCCCGUCCCCCAUGGACUCCUCCGCCAGUGACUCCGCCGGCCGACGUCGCAGCAGCUCCGGCAAGAACCACCACCCCCCGGCGGAGCGCGACCGUGAGUCGUUGGACAAGGGGAAGGAGAGAGAGCCAGAGACUUCCAGAGCGAGGGAUAGGGAUGUGGAACGGAUCUUAGGGUUGAGCUUCGAUGGCGCGGGAGCUGAUGAUGACAACGAUAGCGACGGUGGCGUCGGCAUCCUCCAUCAGAAUCUAACGUCGGCCGGCAGCGCCCUCCAGGGGCUUCUCCGCAAGCUGGGGGCUGGUCUCGACGAUCUGUUGCCAUCCUCGGCCGUGUCGGGCUCUUCUUCCUCGCACCAGGGCGGGCGGCUCAAGAAGAUCCUUUCAGGGCUGAGAUCUGAUGGAGAGGAAGGGCGGCAGGUGGAGGCGCUGACCCAGCUCUGUGAUAUGCUGUCGAUCGGUACCGAGGACUCACUGGGGUCGUUCUCGGUGGACUCGUUUGUGCCGGUCCUCGUGGGCCUGCUCAACCAUGAGAGCAACCCUGACAUCAUGCUGCUUGCGGCGAGGGCACUCACCCAUCUCUGUGAUGUCUUGCCGUCUUCUUGUUCCGCGGUGGUACAUUAUGGUGCUGUCCCGUGUUUCUGUGCUCGCCUUCUCACGAUUGAAUACAUGGACCUGGCAGAACAGUCCCUACAAGCUCUCAAGAAGAUAUCACAAGAGCAUCCGACUGCUUGUCUGCGUGCUGGUGCACUUAUGGCAGUGUUGUCUUACCUUGACUUCUUCUCAACGGGGGUCCAGAGAGUAGCAUUGUCCACAGCCGCAAAUAUGUGUAAGAAACUCCCAUCAGAUGCAGCUGACUUUGUAAUGGAAGCAGUUCCUCUGCUCACAAACCUUCUUAACUAUCAUGAUUCUAAGGUGUUAGAACAUGCCUCUGUUUGCUUGACACGUAUUGCAGAAGCAUUUGCCUCAUCUCCUGAGAAACUGGAUGAGUUAUGUAAUCAUGGCUUGGUUGCACAAGCUGCUGGACUUAUAUCUGUUAGUAAUUCAGGAGGACAGGCUUCUCUGAGCACAUCAACAUACACGGGUUUGAUUCGCCUUCUCUCAACAUGUGCAAGUGGAUCCCUGUUAGGAGCUAAAACUCUUCUCCUUCUUGGAAUCAGCGGCACACUUAAAGAUAUUCUUUCAGGUUCUGGUCUAGUUGCUGGUGUUUCUGUUUCCCCUGCUUUAACAAGGCCCGCAGAACAGAUAUAUGAGAUUGUUAACCUUGCGGAUGAACUCCUUCCUCCCUUGCCUCAAGGAACCAUCUCUCUCCCAAUAUGUUACAAUAUUCUUGUGAAAGGAUCAGCUGCAAAGAAAUCUCCUGCUGCCCCUUCUUCACAUGAGCAAGAGGAGACUAAUGGAGUGAAAAAUGAAGUUUCCUCUCAUGAAAAGUUAUUGCAUGAUCAACCUGAACUUCUCCAGCAGUUUGGAAUGGACCUUCUUCCUGUUCUGACACAGGUAUAUAGUUCCAGUGUAAAUGGUCCAGUUCGUCAUAAGUGUCUGUCUGUUAUUGCGAAAUUGAUGUAUUUCAGCUCUGCUGAUAUGAUUCAGUCAUUUCUUAAUGUGACAAACAUUUCCAGCUUCUUAGCAGGUAUUUUAGCUUGGAGGGAUCCCCAGAUCUUGAUUCCUGCUCUUCAGAUAGCAGAGAUUCUUAUGGAGAAGCUUCCUGGAACAUUCACCAAGAUGUUUGUGAGAGAAGGGGUUGUUCAUGCUGUAGAUGCAUUGAUAUGCUCAGAUUCCUCAAAUACUGUUCCUGCUCAAGCAUCCAUCUCUGAGAAGGAUGCUGAUUCUUUGCCUGGGAUAUCUUCACGUUCCCGGCGUUAUCGACGGCGCAGUAGUGGCUUGAACACAGAAAGCAGCUCAUUGGAUGAUUCAAAAGGUUCUAUACCAGGAAGUACUGGCUCUCCUCCAACAUCAGUAGAAGUGCCGACUGCAAAUUCUAGUCUUCGUGCUUCAGUCAGUGCCUGUGCCAAGUCUUUCAAGGAUAAGUAUUUUCUUGCAGAUCCUGGGGCAACUGAAGUUGGAGUUAGUGAUGAUCUUCUUCAUUUGAAAAAUCUUUGCUCAAAGUUGAAUGCUAGUGUUGAAAAUGUCAAGAUAAAAGCUAAAGGUAAAUCUAAGGCCACUCUUGCUUGUUCGUUUGAUAUCUCAGCUAGUACUGAGGAACAAUUGGAUGGAGUAAUAGCGGAGAUGCUGGCUGAACUAACUAAAGGUGAUGGUGUAUCCACAUUUGAGUUCAUUGGCAGCGGAGUUGUUUUGGCACUGCUAAAUUAUUUAUCAUGUGGAACAUUUGGAAAGGAGAAAAUUUCAGAAACUAACCUGCCUAAGCUUCGUCAGCAAGCACUCAGACGAUACAAAUCAUUUAUUUCAACUGUGCUUCCUGUUGACAUUAAGGAAGGGACUGGAACUCCCAUGACAGUGUUGGUUCAGAAGCUUCAAAAUGCUUUAUCUUCUUUAGAACGCUUUCCAGUUGUACUGAGCCAUUCAUCAAGGUCAUCUAGUGGUGGAAGUGCACGCCUUUCCUCAGGUCUAAGUGCAUUAUCCCAGCCCUUCAAGUUACGUCUAUGCCGAGCACAAGGUGAAAAAUCUCUUCGUGAUUAUUCAUCUAAUGUUGUACUCAUUGAUCCACUUGCAAGUCUAGCAGCUGUCGAAGAGUUCCUCUGGCCAAGAGUUCAGCGGAAUGAGUCUGGACAAAAGUCUUCAGUGGCAGCAGGCAAUUUUGACUCGGGAGGUGCAGCUACUGGGGCUGGUGCAUCAUCACCAUCUGCAUCAACGCCAACAGGCCAUCGCCCUUCAACCAGAUCUAGGUCAUCGGUAACAAUUGGAGGUGUUGCUAGAAAGGACUCUCAAGAGGGUUCUACAAAUUCUUCUAAAGGAAAGGGUAAAGCUGUUUUGAAAUCUAGUACCGAUGAAGCAAGAAGACCACAAACAAGAAAUGCCACACGUAGAAGAGCAGCUUCAGAGAAAGAGAUGAAACCAGCACACAGCGACUCUAGCUCCGAGGAUGAGGAGUUGGACAUGUCCCCUGUUGAGAUAGAUGAUGCUAUGUUGAUUGAAGAAGAUGAUGUCUCAGAUGAUGAAGAUGAUGAUCAUGAUGAGGUCCUCAGAGAUGACUCUCUUCCUGUUUGUGUACCAGACAAGGUACAUGAUGUCAAAUUAGGAGAUCCAGCUGAUGAUGCGAUAAUUGCUUCUUCAGCAAGUGAUAAUCAAGCACAACCUUCAUCUGGUUCUAGUAAUAGAUCUGCCGCAGUUAGAGGCCCUGCCGAAUACAGAAGUGGAAGUACUUUUGGUUCAAGGGGUGGUGCAAUGUCAUUUGCCGCUGCUGCAAUGGCUGGGCUUGCUUCUGUGAGUGGGAGAGGUCUCAGAGGUGGUCGAGAUCGUCAUGGCCUGGCCCCGGGCAGUAAUGUAAAUGACCAUUACAAUAAAUUGGUAUUCACAGCAAGUGGGAAGCAGCUCAGCAAACAUUUGACUAUAUAUCAGGCUAUCCAACGCCAGCUUGUGCUUGAGGAAGAGGAUGAUGAAAGGUUCAAUGGGUCUGACCUGCCUAAUGAUGGCAGCAGGUUCUGGAGCGGUAUAUUUACUAUAACUUAUCAGAAGGCUGAUAGCCAGGUUGAUGGGGCUUCUCAAGGAGGUUCAUCCUCAAAGUUCAAGUCUAUUUCUUCUUCCAAAUCUGUUUUUGACUCUCAGUGGCAGCAAAUGUCACUUCUUGAUAGCAUCUUGCAAGGGGAGCUCCCUUGUGAUCUUGAAAAGUCUAAUCCUACUUAUAACAUUUUGGCAUUGUUGCGAGUACUGGAAGGUCUGAAUCAGCUAGCUUCUCGCUUAAGAGUGCAGACUGCAUCUGACGAUUUUGCUAAUGGGAAGAUUUCUAGCCUGGAUGAACCAUAUAGGACUGGUGUGAAGGUUCCUUCUGGGGAGUUUAUAAAUAGCAAGCUAACCCCUAAACUGGCUCGGCAAAUUCAGGAUGCUCUUGCAUUGUGCAGUGGCAGUCUCCCUUCAUGGUGUUAUCAAAUGACUAAAGCAUGCCCUUUUCUGUUUCCUUUUGAAACAAGGAGGCAGUACUUUUAUUCAACAGCUUUUGGACUAUCCCGUGCCUUGCAUCGGCUUCAGCAACAACAAAGUGCGGAUAAUCAUAGUUUAUCCAGUGAAAGGGAGGUUCGUGUCGGCAGAUUGCAACGGCAAAAAGUUCGUGUUGCUAGAAAUCGUAUCUUAGAUUCUGCUGUUAAAGUUAUGGAUAUGUAUUCUAGUACAAAGGCUGUUCUUGAAGUGGAAUAUUUUGGUGAAGUUGGCACAGGAUUGGGUCCAACACUGGAAUUCUAUACUCUCUUAAGUCAUGAACUGCAAAAGGCUGGAUUAGGAUUAUGGAGGUCGAGCUCGAGAUCGGAUAACUCCACAAUGGAUAUUGAUGGAUAUGGGAUGAAAGGUGGAAAUAAUGAUGAUGUUUCAGAAACCAAGAAACUUGGUCCUGAUUUUUCUGUUAGAAGCAGUGAUCUUAUCCAAGCUCCGCUUGGUCUGUUUCCUCACCCUUGGCCUCCUAAUGCAGAUGCUUCUGAUGGCAGCCAGUUUUCUAAGGUUGUUGAGUAUUUCCGUUUGGUUGGUCGAGUGAUGGCAAAAGCUUUACAAGAUGGGCGGCUUUUGGAUCUGCCGCUGUCAACUGCAUUUUAUAAACUCAUUUUGGGUCAAGGGCUUGAUGUGCAUGACAUCAUCUCAUUUGAUGCUGAGUUUGGGAAGAUACUGGAAGAAAUGCGAGUCCUUGUCCGUCGCAAGCAAUUUCUAGAGGCAGCUGGUGAUGAUCAAAAGACAAUCUCUGACUUGCAUUUCCGUGGUGCUCCUAUUGAAGAUCUAUGUCUAGAUUUUACACUUCCUGGAUAUCCUGAUUACCUUCUUAAAGGAGGAGGGGAAGGCACCCUGGUUAAUAUUAACAACUUGGAAGAAUACGUCACCUUGGUAGUUGACGCAACUGUUAAGACAGGAAUUAUGCGACAGAUAGAAGCAUUUAGAGCAGGGUUCAAUCAGGUCUUCGAUAUCUCAUCUCUGCAAAUAUUUUCUCCACAUGAGCUUGAUUACCUAAUCUGUGGUCGUAGAGAAUUGUGGGAGGCUGAAAAACUGGUUGAUCAUAUAAAGUUUGAUCAUGGGUACACUGCAAAAAGUCCAGUGAUUGUCAAUCUGCUUGAGAUCAUGGCAGAAUUCACACCGGAGCAGCAGCAUGCUUUUUGCCAAUUUGUGACUGGUGCUCCGAGGCUUCCACCUGGUGGUCUGGCUGCAUUGAACCCAAAGCUGACCAUUGUGAGGAAGCAUUCUUCAAGUGCAACAAACUCAACCUCAAAUGGAAAUGGAGUGUGUGAAUCGGUUGAUGAUGAUUUGCCUAGUGUCAUGACCUGUGCCAAUUACCUUAAACUUCCUCCUUAUUCAUCUAAGGAAAUCAUGUACAAGAAAUUGCUUUAUGCUAUCAACGAGGGCCAGGGAUCAUUUGAUCUGUCAUGAGCCAAGACCAUAAGUGAUGGAUAUUGUCUCACUAUGGGUUGUUCAUCUUCUGCUUUUAAAUCAAUUGCCCAUUCUGCUCAACAUCAGCCUUUUCUUUUGCACCUAGCUAAUGGUGACAUUAAGGUCAGUCUUUACCUCCAGCCAUGCCAGUGUUUUCCUUUUUUCCUCUCUUCCAUGGGUUGGUUGCAUUCUUUUGUUUUGUUUCUUUUUUUUCCCAAUCCUGUAUAUUCUCAUUAUUCAUAGUGGACCCACAAAUAUCAUUUGUUUUGGCUGGAUUUUCCCUUCUGUUCUUCAAUAAUAGAAGUUUUUCACUGUCAGCUAAAUGUGAUAUUGAUCCUGCAUUUUGAAGCUUUGAAGAGGGAAUGCAGAGCUUUGUGCCAUUGCUUGUAAAUAAAGGGAGAAAUUUCACCUUAUUUAUAAGUUUGAGUAUGCCAAAUAGUUUAUGAUGUAUUGAUGAAUGAAUAUAAAGAAGAAAUGAAUCUUUCAAAUUGAUUUCAGCU